AUGGCGAGACUAAACGGAAUAGACGAACCCUUCUCAAACCUGGCCCUGGACCCCUCAUCACCACCUCUUCCACUCCUAAUCAAACCCUCAAAGUCACCUCUCCGCACUCUCUUCACCCGCAAAUCCCCUCCCCCUCUUCAAACCACUCCCCUCUCCUACACCCCCCUCAAACAAAAUGAAAUACGCCUCGUCAACCUUCAAGCGGGGCCUCCUUCAACCCCAGUAACCCUCACAACCGAAACAACACCCCUCUCAGCAGGAUACACAGCCCUCUCCUACGUCUGGGGCAGUCCCUCUGACACCCUCGCCAUCUACGUCGACAACCACGUCUUCCAUGCCACAAGGAACCUUCACUCCGCCCUCCAGCACAUUCGCCUCUUCCUGAAGCCAUCUCAGAUCAUCCCGCUAUGGAUCGAUGCCAUAUCGAUAAAUCAGGCAGAUACCGUAGAACGAAGCCAGCAGGUCUCGCAUAUGCGGGAGAUUUAUACUUCAGCAGACUUAGUUUUGACCUGGCUCGGUCCAGAUCUCGCCCUGGGGCUAAUGUACCUCCGCGAACUAGGCGACCACGCACUCACCGUCUCUCGAAAUCGCAAAGAGGCUCCAAAACUUCUUCCCAUCCAUGUCAAAGACCGGUAUAUGACCAUCCGGGAGACUGUCAGAGUCUUUCAGUCAACCUACUGGAACCGAGUCUGGACGGUACAGGAGUACACCGCUCCCACUGACUUCGGGGUCUUCCUCUCCGGCACGGCGUGGGUAGAUCGUACUGCCUUCCUACCCGCCACGAUGAUCUACACGCAAGCGUUGCACUGGCUUAGAGAUGGCUUACGAAGACGGGGUGCAGAUGCUUCGUUUGUGGACGCGACACUUCCGAGGGUGAAGAAAGUUGUUCAUGAUCUCAAGAUGAGCUAUGCGCGGAUGCCGGCUUCUAAUGACACUGCUCGAGCACCCGAUGAGAUGAAACCCUCAUCCAAAGUUGAUCGGAUCCAUCAGGUUGAAUCAAGGCAUGGAGAAAUCUCAAGCGUCCGCAGAUUCAACCUCAUCAGCCUCCUCUUACGAUUCCGUGAUCUUCAGGCAACUGACCCGCGAGACCGCAUCUAUGCGCCUCUGAACCUCCUCGAUCAAAGCCCCACCGAGGGCGCCGUUGUUCCUGUUGACUACUCCCUCACUGUCCAGCAGCUCUACACCUCCGUCGCUGAAUGCCUUUUAGAAGACGAAGACUACUGGCCUCUAAGCAUCCUCGAAAUCUGCCGCUUCGAGUCAUCAGACCUACCCUCUUGGGUGCCAGACUGGCAAGUCCUUCCAAGAAAGGUACUCUCAAGGGACGUCACGACAGGAGAGCAAGUUUUCUGUGCCAGCAAGGGGUAUCCCAUAAAUACAAAGCCGUGGAGGGUGUUGGACGAGACUCGGUUGCAAAUUACAACUAUAAAAGUUGAUAUCGUGGCGAAAGUAUGGGACGCAUUUGACGCACUGAGUGUGCCUCGAACAAAGUCCUAUCCAGCGUACACCCUGAAGAACCCCGGGGAAAAAUACGCUAUCGGAGAACAGACAGUAUUAGAAGCCUUUCACGGACUAGCAAGUAUCGAACCGAGAUCUGAAGGUGGUGAAGAGGUGGGAAUAUAUCGCCAAGAGGACUGGCAUCGCAACCCAGGCAUGAUGAGCCGGUUCAAUCGCCGCCGGUUAAUCCGUACUGAACGCGGGUUCGUCGGUCUGGCACCGGCUGAGGCCGUGCAAGGUGACAAGAUCUGGCUGGUCCCCGGCGCGAACAUGCUGUACAUCUUCAGACCUGUAGCAGACGGUGGAAACCACGCGCUUAUCGGCGAGGUUUACCUCCAAGGCCUCAUGCACGGAGAGGCACGAGAGUUCCUAGGCGAUGCUGGAAAGCAUACUGUCAUUACACUCGUUUAG